UAGAUCAAAAGGGCACCAGAAAGCAGACAAAGUAAGUACGAUUUCUAAAUUUAAUUGGAAGUGGAAGAAAUGUAUACUCAAUGAUUAAACGUUUCGUUUUGUUCAAACUCGAUAUGCAGGUGUAACACAACACUGACUUCAGAGAGAGUCACGUUCCACUUCCAUGCAGCGCUCAGCGCUCAAAAUCUCGACGGUCGGUAUUGUAACACAGCACUUCUUACUUCACAGAGUCACGUUCCACUUACAGCGCUCAAGUAACUUUUUCCUAUAAACCAUAAACUCAAUUCAAUUCGCAUCGCGAGUUUGGGCUCCCUGUGUUUUCUGCCUUUACUCCUAUCCAGACUGACGGGAGGCCGCGCGCGUGCUCUGGGAACGAGAGGCUCGGCGGCAAUUUCCAAAAUGGCGGUUGCGUUUGAGCGGUGGGUAGAACCCGUAUAUUAAAGUAGGACUAGAUCGUACACAGACUAGACUGAGCACAGGCUGGAGAACUGGUUAAGGAACAGUUGAAUGUGCUCCUCGUUUUGUAAAGAAAAUGAGGUACUUCAAAGGAUCGCGACGGAGUGUUAAGAAAAGUAGCCACUCUAUGAAAGAUGACAGUAGCGCUUCUAAAACUACAGUUGAUUCAUCUGGGAAUGGACAAACACAAAGGAAAAGACCACACACUGUUGAUACUGCAGAGACGGGGCAGUCAAAAAGAUCUAAAAAGAGUAAACAGAGGUCUAGUAGCGAAAGCCUUUUAGCUACCACUGUUCAUGACCACGCAACAAAUAAGAAGGACACAAGAACAUCAAAUGAUAAUGAUCAACCCAUUGUCAAAAGGACCAAAAGGAAAGAGCAGGUUAUUCCAACUGGAUCCUUAUCUUCCUCUGAAUCAGAAGGUAGCUUGCACUUGUCAGAUCAGAGUGAUUCUUUACACAUUACUGUGUGCAAUACUGGUGAACUUGGUGAGCAAAGUGACCGCAAGUUCCUACAACAGCAAAUCAAGAUACUUAAGACACCAUUCCAGCUUGAGAAUGAUUGCCCAGGUUUAUCCAGGAUCAAAGCAAAUGAUUCAAAUCACAUGCCUUUCCAAGUUAUCCACAACACAUUGAGAAAAGUCAAUCAUAAAACAGAAGAUGAAGUUCUUCGAAGUCUUAACAGGCUUGCACAGAGAAAACUACUUGAUAGUCUGAGUGCUGUAAGACCAGAAUCCACCUCCACUACUGCUAUAUUAGAUGAGCAAUUAAAAAGAUAUAAAGAAGUCCAGGCUAGGGUAGUAAAUCUAGAAAAAGCCCAUGGUGAAAUGAUACAAGAACAUGCUCGAUGUAAGUGUAUCGGUGUUUUGGUGUCACAGAUGGAGGCAAUUGGUAAGGAAUUUAACAAAAAAGACUUGAUGGAUGAGGUCCAAAAGACUAAUGACUUUCUAGCAAACAGCAGUCCAGUGACUACCAGCAAGACCCAGGACAUGAAUAACAUAAAUGCAGGUGCCAGGCCCAGAGUGGAUACAAGUGGUUAUAUUCCCAGUACUCAUGAACAAUUAGUAAAAAUACUGUUCAAAGAUUGAUUGUGAUUUCUGCUCUAGAUACUACAUCAAAUAAAACAUUAUUAGAUUACAUUUCUAUCACUCAAGAGUUGUUUUGGACUGUAAUUUUAUUACCUCUGCAAGUCAAGAGCUCAGUGACCAAGGGGUGGAACAACUUAGCCUGCGAGCAGGCUCACGUUUGGGAAUUGAGUGCAAGUGGCGCGGGCACGUAUGUGAGAGGCGAAGCCACGAUUGUCACAGCGAGCUGCGAAGCCGCGAGAAAGUGAACUCUCUACAUGCCACUUGCAAGGAUACUUGUUGUUCCUUUUAAAAAGUGAAAGUUGUGUUUUUGUAUUACUUAUACAUCUGUAUUAGGGUCCUCCAGUUUACAUUCUGUCAGUUGUUUCACUAUGUGGUACCUCUACGGUUAUGUUACAAAGUAAGCUACAAAAUAAUGAACAUGAACUAUUUAUAAUAAAAAGAUGAAACUGUU